AUGGAUGGUUCUGACUCAGCAACUGCCCCUUCACCGGCACAGCAGACAGGGCUUGACGGCAAGAGUCGGGAGGGAAUGAUUGCCGAGUCUCUCAAGAUGAACCAAGAGGUUCAGGGUCUAUAUCCGCAAGUUGAUUUCAAAGAAGAAGUCAUAGAGCCUACAAUCAACCUAACCUUCGACAUUCAGGAACACGUCGAUGAGGCCAACCAGAGAAGAUACAACACCCUCAUAGCCGAGAUGCUCGAACGGACUUCGGAACCGGACCUUGCCGAGAGGCUUCUUUGGGAAGCGAGAGAGUGCCUUGCCAACUACCCUGAUAUCCUGGCUCAGUUCGAUGCCAUAUUCAUCGGCCAGCGAUCUGCUUCGAAUGUCAUCCGGGAGCUGCAUGAGUGCAUGAUGAUCAAAAAGGGUGCGGAGAGAAAGAUGAGCCAGCAAAUCGAUGCUAGUCUACAUGAAAAUGGUCAAUAG